AUGCUGGGUGGGAUCACUUGCCUGUCUGCCGUCAUGUGUGGAGCCCUGUGUACACAGUGCCUGGCAGCCGGGCAGAAAGUCUCAGGGCACCAGGCAGCUGCCUGUGUUGCUUCUCAGAACUACAGACAUCUCCCCUCCAGACACACGCCCACCACUCUCUGCACAGAGCUCCACCGAGGACGCAGACCCCUGACCACCUGGCAGCCUUGGGUCCACACGGGCACAGAGCAGAGCACUUCAGGGAUCCUGCUUCCCCACUGCCAGCCCAUCCUCAGGUGUGAUUGUGACAGCACGCCCUGGUCACCACGUGCCCAGCAAGCCACUCCUGCCCAGACGGAGUACCUCCUCUCAAGUCCCACUUUCCCGCACAUGGAGAUGAGGGCUGCUGGUGCUGCCCAGAGACGGCUCCCAGUGUCGGCCAGGCCUGGUGUGGCCAGCUCUAGGUUGACUGGGAUUACCUUAGGUGACCUCCUGGUAAAGGCCCUGAGGCAUCCAGGUUGA